UAAAUAUCUUGCACGUACUGUAUCUGUGCCUUAAUAGGUCUUGUUUUUAUCCAACAGUUGACUUCACAGGUUCGAUUUAGUGCUGACUAGGUAGGCAGCUCAAGAGGAUUUAGGACGCAACGCUGUGACCAAUCAGCGCCGUGUAUUUCAUACAGCGGCAGCACGUUUGAGUGAAACACUUCAGAGACGUCGAUCGAUGUCAUUCACAGAAGGAUUAAACGUUGAACUUAAUCACAAAUCAAACGUGACGGACAUCACAGCAGCCGAACGAUUUCCCGGUUGUUCCCGGAAUAUUUAAUACGUUCAAACGGACCUAAUUUCAUUGAUGAAACAUGACAGCCCUCUCAAGCAACAACAACAACAACAAAGCGGUGUUUAAAAGCUUACGGAUACGGAACAGAGUUUGAGCAAUCGCGGCAGGCAGAGCUGAGGAGAUUGUAUGCCGGCUGCUGCACCGAACUAACGGGUUUGUUUACGGAGAAAUCGUUGUUAUUUGCAUAAAUAUGGCUGCAGUAAAUAGUUUUGUGGGUCCAGAGGAGCUCGAGGACACGAAUCACGCUGUAAGCUUAAUGAAAGAGCUGAAAUUAUUCUACGAAUCGCAGUUAUUAGUCGACGUAAGUAUCGAAGUAGAACCGAACCUCGAGUCAGAGGACCAAAGCUGUUCUCCUGUUACAGCUGUGAAACUUUUCCAGUGCAACCGCAAUGUACUUGCUGCAGCGAGUCCUUAUUUUAAGAGCAUGUUCACAGGAGGGUUGUAUGAGAGCACACAGAAGAAGAUAACCAUUCAUGAUGUUGACGCCGAUUCAAUGGCUGUCAUCAUCGAUUACUGCUACACCGGCAAAGUGACAAUCACAGAAAGAAAUGUACAAAGGCUCUAUGCUGCUGCCAACAUGCUGCAGCUGGAAUAUAUACGGCAAGCUUGUGCUAAUUUCAUGACAAGAAGGAUGGACCUUUCUAACUGUGCGGGGAUAUUGAAGUUUGCUGACACCUUUGACAAUCUGGAACUGAAGAGCAAGGCUCAAGCAUUCAUCGCAAAGAACUUCAUCCAGCUCAGUGCCAAUGUGAGGGAUCUUUGUGAGCUUGACGUGAAGCAGAUGAAAGAGAUCCUCGGUCUGGAUUCUCUUGAUGUGGACUGUGAACGGAAAGUGUGUUCGUUCGCAAUACAGUGGAUUAAAAACAAUCGGCAUGCUGAUGCAGAAGAUGCAUUGCAGGUUCUUCGAUGCGUUCGCUGGUCUUUGUUUACCGAGAAGGACGGCGUCUAUCUUGACAGCCUUAAAUCAAAGCCUUUUAUUAAGAAAUAUCUUUCGAAAGUCUUGGAAGAGGUUGUUUGUGAGCAGAGCAGUGCAAUUUCAAAGGGUGUAAAUGUGACCAAACAAAGAGUCGGCAGGAGCGCAAAAGAAAUGGUUUUAUUUUUCGGAAGGCCGAAUGAGCCGUUCAUGUGCUAUAACCCAUACACGGAGGAGAUUCUUUCUAUGGCAUCCCCGAUCCUUAAUCUCAUCAAUCAGAACUUCAAACGCUCCCCUAUGGAGACAUUUUUGGCCUGCGCCACACCAGAAAACAAUCUGUAUCUUGCCUCACACUUGUCGAAGCAAUUUUGGGUGUACAAUCCCUUGUCGAAUUGUUGGCAGGAGCUGGCUGAAAGACUGUUGAGUAGAACGCACUCGUACAUGGGCUACCUAAAUGGGCACUUGUAUGUUAUGGGUGGCCGAGAUGCUGUGUCGGAUGCCAGGCUCAAGGAAGUAGAAUGCUAUAGCAUUCAGAGGAACCAGUGGAUUUUUGUGGCUCCGUUGCCCCAUUCUUUGGGAAAGAUGCAGGUUGUGACCGUAAAUGAGCGACUUUAUGUUGUGAAUAAAAGACGGAUGCUCUGCUAUGAGCCUAAGAAGAAUCACUGGCUCCAGAGGGCCUCUCUGAAGCGCAACAAACUCCAUAAAGCAUGCGUUUUUCAGGAGCAGAUUGUCUGUUUGUGCGACGUCCCUGUUGUGAAAGCGUACAAUCCGGCUCAUGGAGAAUGGAGGCGGAUUGGAGACAUUCCAAUCGAUAGCAGUGCCCUCAGCUAUCAAGUUGUGCAACAUGACGACAAUCUGCUUCUUUUAACUAUUGCAAUAGUUAAUCACAGCAAAAAUAGACUUGUUGUACAUGAAUACGACCCUACUCGGGACACUUGGAAAAGUGUGGCCACCAUGACUGGAUCUGCCUUUGGAUCGGCAAGCCUCUCCACCCGGGUCUAUAUGGCAUGUUUGGGUUCUGGUCAGAACUUCAUCUCAGAGGAGGAGGAUGACAGCGGUUCUAGUGCCGACUGGGACUUUGAUGGAUUGACUGAUGCGGAUUCUGACUCUGGCAGUUCAAGUUCCUUUUCGGAUGAAAACUGGUAGCCAGAGCAGUUCUCGAUAAGUGUCACAUGUGGAACUGUGUGUGCAAUACAGCCAAAUUUCAAAAAUGGUGCAAAUUAUAUUGAAAUAGGUGUUUUUUUAUUGUUAGCCUGGCUACGACCAGGUCAAACUAUACUUGAAAACUAGUAUUAUUAAACACAGGUUUAUGUUUGAUCAGGAAGUAAUAACUUUGUACGAAGAAUUGUUAACAUUUUGAAUUCAAAGAAAUAAAUAAUUAAAUGUGGCAAAAAGGGUAAAACACAACAUGUGAAAUAAAAUUGUGAGCGAGCUUAUUCUGUUCCAAUGUGUGUGACAUUUUAAAAAAAGCUAUAUUUUUAUAAUGAAUGUAGAUAGAGAAACAAUUGUGUGACAAGAAAUUUAAAAUGAUGAUACAAUAACAAAAGGUUGGUUAAAAUGAAAAAGGUAUGGGGACACCAGGGAUAUCUGCUUACCCUCUUUUAACACGCAUAGAAAAAUAUUUAAAAGUUGCAUUUGUAUGCAUAUAAAACAGUAAUUUACAAGACUUUGAAUCAUAUUAAAGUGUAAAUGAAGAGAGAUCGGUACAUGGUCAGCACAUAUAGCGUUUCGAUUAACAUUUAUGCAUUAUCCAAAGCAACUUAAAGUGCAUUCAAACUAACAUUUUACCCGUGUUAUAUUUAACUUUGGUAAUAUUAAGUAAUAUUCAUUAUAGACACUUCUCUAGGUUGACCGAUAUGAGUGUUUAUGGCUGAUCCCAAUAACAUUAAGAAAGCUGUAUGGGCGAUACGAUACGAGGCCGAUGUAACACAAAUGUUAUCACAGUAAAUAAGAGACAAACAGACAAUUGGUCAAACUAAAUGUUAUACAUAACAUUUAUAAAUCUACCCUUUUACUUAAAACAUAUUUACAAGACAUAAUUAAUGUGGAUCUGACAUCUCACGGUGCUGUUGAAUAAGUGUGUAGAACUAGUGUGGUGUUGUGUGUGACAUAUGAUUGGCUGUCUGUCAGACUUUGGCUUUACAAUGAGUGACUCUGAGUGUCUUUUUUAUUACAAACAUCAAAUUUAAGUAAUAGAGAAAUUUACUGACCGAUUGAAAAGAUUUAUCGGCCGAUACCAAUUAUAAAAAAGCCAAUAUAUUAGCCUCUACAAUAUAUUGUCCUAUCACACUUCUCACAUGUGUCUGUAAAAUGAGAAAGUGUCUGAUUCAGUGCUGGUGCUUUGGUCACCCACAUUCUUUUGACUGACAGAUGAAAAACUUAGUGCUGGAGCCCUGUUGGAUUUUGGGGUUUGUAGGUUUUUAUUAGGAGUAAAUACAGAAUGAAGUUUGCUAUAUUUCAGAUAGACUCUAAAUAAUAUGGGUGAAUCACACAAAACUAGUCACCAAUAUGUUUAGAUUAUAUAAAAUGGCAUUUUAAUUAAUACAUUUCUGUAGUGUUUGGUGUAAAACUUUAAUUUACUGGUUUUGUUAAUAUAGAUGUAUGCAUAUAUUAUGUUAGAUAGUAUAGUUUAAUUCAGAUUUAUAUGGCGCUUUUUACAAAGUUGCAGUGUUAAAAUAUAGAAUACAAUAUUUUCUAAUAAAAACUUUACAUGAAAAUCAUUAUUACAUGGGAGAAUAUUGAAAAGAUAACUAAAAUACUUUGUUUUUAUAACUUCUCACCCUAUACUGUAGGUAUAGAUAUAGGGCCUAUACUAUAGGCUAUACCUGAGAUGUAAUGUAUGUGUCAUAUUUAUGUUAGGACUUAUUUUUAAUAUGCACUGCACUUUUGCAGAAAGCUGUUUCGAACGUUAAAAACUUUAACCAUUUGCUGGUGAAUUUUCUUCAAAAAAAUUUAUUUGUAUCAUCUCAAGUAUUUUAUAAUAACACCUCUAUGCUAUUAGAAAAUUAAUGGUGUAUACAUUUUGCGGUUACUCAAUAUGUUUAUCCUUGUUUGUUCCAUAUAGCAUUUGUAUAUGUCGAAUUAUUGAAUUAUAGCCUAUCUUUUUAUUUAUAGCUCCUGGUCAAUU